ACUCACCUGAGGUACUGGGGUGAUGCUUUCACUGGUAUAAUAUUUCAAAUAUUUGAUAUUCAUAAUAGGUAUUGAUUGUAUAACCAUUAGCACCGGUAUUAUCAAAGUUUCAGAGCGUGGUGGAGUUUUCCUAGAUUAACAACUGUCGGUGUACAUGUUGGGUGUGGCGUGGAUUCUGUCGACCCUGGGGGUGGUUGCAGGUGUCAAUGACCUGUACCUCCUAGGGCUCUUCCCCCUAGAGGGGGCCUGGAGGGGAGGGGCGGGGCAGGUGGUGGCUGUAGACAUGGCGCUGGCAGAGGUGAACGCAAGGGAGGAUAUUCUACCUGGGUACAGACUCAAUCUCAUCUGGAACAAUACCAAGUGCGAUCCUGGGAUCGGUGUGGACAUCAUGUACAAGAACCUCAUCUCCCCACCUACCAAGGUGAUGAUCAUCGGGGCCGGAUGCUCCAUCGUCAGUCAGGCCACGGCGCAAGCAUCCCACCUCUGGAACAUGGUCCAGAUGUCCUACAUAUCUGUAUCACCGGCUCUAUCAGACAAAACACGCUUUCCACGUUUCUUCCGUGCAAAUACCCCGGAUGUAGAUGUCAACCCUGCCAUCGUCGACAUUUUCAAGCAGUUUGGUUGGUCGAGUAUCGCAACCAUUCACCAGUCGUAUGAGCUGUUCUCGGCGCCAAUUGCUGACCUGAUCAAGCGCAUGAAGGAGGCCAACAUCACCAUCGUGAGAUCAGAGAUCAUCAGCAGUACCCCCCAGACACAGGUGGAAAACCUCAAGACCAAUGACGUCCGAAUAAUCGUUGGAAGUUUUUAUGCUGAUAUGGCUCAGCAAGUGUUUUGUCAUGCCUACAAGGUGGGACUGUACGGCCCCAAGGUCGUAUGGGUGAUUAACGGGUGGUACGAGACAGAAUGGUGGAAGGUGGCCAACCCAUUGAUGGACUGCACGGAGGAACAGUUGGCUGAAGCUAUAGAAGGGUAUUGGGCUGUUGACAGAAUCUACCAGAACCCCCGGGGAGAGAAAGCGUUGUCUGGCCUUACCCCUGCGGAGUUUUUGGACCAGUUUGCUGCCAGGACGACCCCUGACAUGCCGGGUCUGCGCUUUGGUCCUAUGACGUACGAUACAACCUGGGCGAUAUGUCUGGCACUGAAUGGCACUCUCACGGAUCUCAUGAAUAACGGCAGCAGCAAGGGCCUGGAGGACUUUGACUACUCUGAUGACGACCUGGGAAUGCUUCUUCUGGACAACACGAGGAGGGUCAAUUUCUUGGGGAUCAGAGGGCAGUUCAGAUUCAACGAGAAGGGGGACAUGGUGUCACUGUACAGAGUAGACAGGCUGCAGAACAGUAAGAUCGACAUGGUGGGGUUGUACGACGCCAACCUCCAGACUGACGUCAAGAUCGAGUGGCUGGUCGACUCUGCCCCCGUCGUCUGGAAUGGUGACAAGGUACCCAAGGACUCGGUACAGGUCAUAAGGAAGCUGGAACGUCUUCCCCUCCCCAUGUACAUCUGUAUUUGCGCUCUGGCCGGACUGGGCAUCGUUCUCAGCUGCCUCUUUUUGGCAUUCAACGUUCUCUUCCGGAAAAUUAAAAUCGUGAAGAUGUCGUCCCCGCGUCUAAACAACCUCAUCCUCAUUGGUUGUCUCCUCCUCUACUCCACCGUCUUCCUCCACGACAUGACAUCGACUGUCGUCAGUGCCAUCUGCAAGGCUAAAGUUCUGUUCUUGGUCAUCGGGUUCUCCAUGGCGUUCGGGGCCCUGUUUGCUAAAACCUGGCGGGUGCAUUAUAUCUUCACGAACGCCACCAAGCAGAAGAAGAUACUGACCGACACUCAGCUGUUCGUGAUGAUAGGCGCACUUGUGGGUCUCAACUCCACCGUGGUCGUCGUGUGGAACCUCGUCGAUCCUGUCGUCGUCGUCAAUAAGGACCUCAUACCCCAGCGAGACGAGGCGCAUGACCGGGAGACCCGGGGGUACGUGGAGACAUGCGAGUCCCCCAACCAGAUGUACUUCCUGGCCACGCUGUUCGGUAUCCAGGGCAUUCUCCUGCUGCUGGGGACGUUCCUUGCCUGGGAGACGCGGAAGGUGAAGGUUGAAGGACUGAACGACUCCAAGAUGAUCGGCGUCUGCAUCUACAACGUAGUCGUCCUCAGCGUUCUGGGUGUGACUGUUUCCAUGGCAAUGGGGGACAAGGUCAGCCUCAACUACUGUCUCUCCUCCCUCGUCGUCAUCACCGCCACCACCGUCACACAGUGCCUCAUCAUUGUCCCCAAGAUAACAGCAUACAAACAGAACAAGACGAAAGUCGGGGACGAUGAUGUGGGCACCGGGACAACACGAGCCCCCACUACAGUCAACACCCACCUCGCUCCACCCACAGCCACAGACGCCAGGGUGGCUGCUCUACACGCACAAGUGCAGGAGCGAGACAAGAUGAUACUGGUUCUCAAUACCGAAGUAAGACAACUGAAAGGACAACUAGAAGCAGCUAAAACUCUGAACAAGACAGAUUCAACAACGAAUGACGAAACGGAUGUACAUGCGUCACAGGUCAGAUUGGAUUCCAAACCAGCGGAAGAAAUGAAUAACACGGGAGCGGUGACAGACACGAUCAAGUUGACCCAGACACUGAGAACAAAGGGAAUACAACCACGACCAACGGAUGAGGGGAGUUAUUCGGAGAGUGUGGACGAUACGCGGUGGCUGCAGACUUGCGCAGUGGUGUUGGGGGAACCGUCAGCCAUCCAGAUGCGGAAGGCUGGGGGGAACCUUGGCAUGCAAUCGGUACUGGUGUCCAUGAUGUGGCUCGUGGUUCUAUCCGAGUAA